AUGGCUGGCUCAAUUGGAAACAUGGCUAAAGUGUACAAGAAGAAUUUUACGUAUGUACCUCCAGCACUGCCCGCGGAUCUCAUCGAUUCUACAAGCUACACACUCGACUUUGCAGCUCGUAAGUUUUUGAAUGUAGGAUUUGAUCCUACGGACGAAUUUAACACCAUAGUACAAGUCAUCACUCCUUCGAGAUAUGUAAAUAUGCCACCUGAUUUUCUAAGACGUAUAUUCUCACUAAUGGGGAACAUUCUAUCUUUUAUACUCGACCUACCUCAAAAAUACAAGCGAAAUUUAUUUCUGGAAACAGAAAUUAUUUCACUAUCUAGUAUGCUGUAUAAAGGGGAAAAUAUGCUUGUCAUCGAAUCAAAAACACAGGAUGGAUGUCGAGUAUUGCUAAAUCGUGCAGAUUUAAUGAAAUUGCAAUAUUUAGAAUGGUGUAUAUUUGAAACAGUCGUUCGAAAGUCAACCAUCAUACGGCCAGUUGUCAUAAAACAAUUCGAUAUUUUUUUGAACUUUAUUGAUAUUGAAUCCGCCAAAGUUGAUUCACCACCAAAAACACCUGACAGUUGA